AUUUCCUUUAUGUUCUCAUUAUGUGAUAGACUGAGCAAAACAAAAGGAAUUUGUAUCAAAACAAAAGACAAAAGUAAUAACCAAAGUACAUAUAGAAAAAGUCAGUCUAUUGAUAACACUGAUUUCAAAACUACAGUUUCUACAUUUUUCCGCAUAGUUUUGUUUCACAUCUGGAAGUAUACCUAUUGGUCAAAUACUGUUAGUACUUAUAAAUUAAAAAAAAACGAGAAUAAAAUAAAUCUACAACAGCAUAAAGAUCACGACUAUUAACUUUCGUUUCUACUUCCUACCGUUUUCACCCUUACCAUAUACAUUCAGUUAUAACGCAGUCAAUUCACUUGAUUUCUUUUACUUCGUGUAUACUUGAAUUACAUACAACAAGAAUAAUAACAGCGAAGACAGUAAAUUAAUAAAGAAAAUCAUGUCACGUAAAUCAAUUAUUAAACAUUCGUGGAGUAGUUCAUUUCCAACUCUGAAUGAAUCUGAUUCUGAAAUAAGUGAACCAAUUUAUCAUACAUGUCGUGGAAAAUUAUUACUUCAAAAGAAACUGAAAUCGAGUAAAACACAUAAUCAAACGGAUGCAGAGAAACUGAUCGUGAAGAUGCGCAGUACUCAACCACAAGAACGUAUGAUUUAUGUUACCGAAAGUGGCUUACGUAUGAAAGUUUAUAAAAAGUUAACAAAAAAUUAUAAUCGUAUAUUUUUAUCAUAUCAACAAAUAGAAGGAAUAUUUUUAGUCCAAGAAUUAAAAAAUAUAAUAAUUUUGGGUAUUGUCAGUUCAGAUGGACAGAAACGUGCCUAUGAAUGCUUACAAAUAAAAGAAAAUGACGCCUUUGUUAAAUUACGUACACUACUUUUGAAAGCCUGCAAUGAUGAUAAUCGAAAAUUGGUUGGUGUUCGUCCAAUCGGUACUCUAUCUAUGGUUUCAUUAGACAACACAUCUUCAAGACGUGGAUCACUUGGUUCAGUUAUUUGGGCACAACAGGAUAAUGUGAGUGACAAGGAAAAUUUUCAAGAAAAUGAUAUUCUUCAAAAGGAUUUAGAGGAAAAUACAAAUGAUGUUCCAAGAGUUAUGCCAUCGGGUGGUAGUAGUGGGUCUGCACCCAAUAUCUCUUCAGGUAGUCCAACCGAUGAUGAAGAAGCUGACAACCAUAUGAAUAGUAAUGAUGAAUUGUAUGAUACAGAUGACAAUGACCUUGUUCAUUACCAUAAUGAUUCCAAUAAUGAUGUUAUGAAAGAAACAGCUAGUGUUCAAAGUGUUGCUUUGGAGAAAAUGGACAAUCUUAAUGAACCUUUACUUACUCCAAUAUUUCACGGGAACGAAGAAUCACCGGUGUUAUACUAUAGAACUGGUGGUCCAAAUACAUCUCUGGAUGAUAGUGAGGCAAUAACAGAUUUAUAUCCAACAUGUGACUGGCCAGCUGGAGUUACAUUUAUUCAUCCGGACCCCGUGUGUGGUGUCAAAAUUUCUCACAUAGGAUCUGUUUUCUUAUAUUGUGAAAGAGUUGUCAAGAAGGAUGAUGAUUACAGCGAUGACGAACACCAGUUGUAACUUUCUUAUUUAACAUUAACUAUUCCUUUAAAAAUUGUACUAAUUAGCUGUGCUAUUUUUGAAAAAAUUCAGGUGUGUAUGUCAGGAAUUUAAAGAAUAAUGGUUCUAAGUUAA